CGAAAAGUGAGUCUGCAUUAGCAUCUCCCCAACUCUCAUCAUUUGCAUUUUUCGCUUUUGCAUAUUUCCAUGCAUCCGCCACAUACCAAUUUACUAGCUUCCCGAGCAGUUUCAGACACUGAUAAAGUUGAGAUCGCAACGCUACUAGGCUAUCAGCUUGAGCUUGUUGGUCCUUCGGACUAUGUUGUUAUCGCAGUUGGUGCCGUUCUAAACAUUCUAACUGUUUUGCUGAUCAUUUUUGCCUGGCUGAACCAGACAUACCGGCCCAUUCGCGCAAAAAACCUUCGCUUGACGACACUCAUGUGCUGUGCAUGUGUGCUGUGGUACUUUGGUGAUCUAGCUACCAACGGGCAUGUUCGUCUAACUGGAAAGUGGCGGUUGUGUAAGCUCUGGUCUAUCUGGUGCCGCGACGCUUCAGUCUUCACAUACUCGGCGCUCAUGUUUAUCCGAAUCUAUGCUCUAGAUCGGGUGUUCAACAAACACAAAUCGUAUACUGGCUGGGCGUACUAUGGUCCUAUAUGGGCUCUGUUUAUAAUUAUCAUCGCCUUUAGCGUCACUGUCCAGUGGCUGGACGACAGCGUGACUGUGGCUUUCAUAGAGACUAUCGAGAUCUGCAAGUUUGGUGUCGCGUUCCGCUAUGCGAACAUGGGCCUACUUGCAAUAAUAUGGAUUGCAAUUGCUGUAGCUAUGUUCAAGAUACGCAACAUCGAAUCUAGCUUCCGCGAGGUCCGCGAAUGUGUUAUCAUCUGUGUACUAGCACUAUACCUUCUCGUAGCCACUACUGUCGUACAGGUGUGUGCCCCAGAUUAUGCAUUGAAACGUGGACUCCGCGCGUACGUUACCUUCUCGGAUCUAUUAGUGUCGCACGCCUGCCUUUGGAUCAUUCUUGGCCAGCCAGUGUAUAUGCGUGUCUUUCGUAAAGAUUACGAGCACAGGUGGUUGCAGAGGCUCACUCGUGAUGGCUUUGAAAAUGAGUAUGAUGUUGCCCCAUUGUCUUUUGCUACCACAAAAUUGGAUUCUGAUAGUGAUGAUGGCAUGAGUAGCAUCCAUGGUUCUAGCUAUGACGGCGGCUCAACCAUCUACAGCUCAUCAGCAUCUGAAUAUCCUUUACCUGAUUUGAAUAUCGGCGCACCCUCAGAUGCAUUCCAGCAUAUCAAUCUCGAUGAGAAGCCCUUACCACCCAUCCCCCCUCCAACACCAGCAGCUAUAAGUAAUUUUACUCGUAGCAACGAAAUUUCUACAAAAUUCACAUUCACUAGAUCGCUACAGCAUUUUUCGUAAUAUUAAUUCAAUAGACGCCUUAUGUUCAAAG